UUGCCUCACAGAUCAGACUGAGGAGGAAACUUUUUCACUUCUGCUUCAAAGAAACAGAAAAACAAGCAAACAUGAGUCUGGGAAACAUUGAUAAGGUUGAAACUUCCGGAGCUUCACAGCAAACAGCCAAACAGGACAAACUGGGUGUUGUGGGAGUAGCUGCAUCGGAGGCRAUGGCUAAAACAGAUGCUGGUAGGAUGGGGAAAUACAAAACAAUCAUCAACAACGUGGGAAGAAAACAUGGGGUGGAUCCGGCUCUCAUUGCUGGCAUCAUCUCCAGAGAGUCCAGAGCAGGAAACACGCUGCAGAACGGUUGGGGGGACUGGAGUCCACAGAGGAAUGCGUUCAACGCCUGGGGACUGAUGCAGGUUGAUGUUAAUCCAAACGGAGGUGGACACACGAAACGGGGGGAGUGGAACAGCGAGGAGCACCUCAGCCAGGCCACCGAGAUCCUUCUKUAUUUCCAAGGUCGGAUUCAGAAGAAGUUCCCUGGCUGGACCCCGGAGCAGCAGCUCAAAGGAACGAUAGCCGCCUACAACACAGGAGAUGGAAGAGUCGACUCGUAUGAUAACGUGGAUGCGAAGACAACAGGCAAAGACUACUCCAAUGACGUUGUUGCCAGGGCUAAGUGGUACAAAAAGAAUGGUUUCUGAAAGCAGCCGAUAAACAAACAAGCACGUAAACAAAGCUAAACGUCGAUAAUGAAACAUGUAUGUUGUGUCCAAAUAAAUAAAACUCAUUCCAAGCAAA